AUGUUUGCUUUAACGCCCUGGGUUUCUUCAGAGAUACCUUCAAAUCUCCCUUCUAUUCCCAAGAUUUUCGAUCGGGCUCUUGAAGCGACUGUUUUUCGUCAUCCCGGUAUAAGCGAUCCCCUGCACAGCUAUGAACGUCUCGAAUGGUUGGGUGACGCCUACCUGGAAUUGAUGGCCUCCAGUUUGAUCUAUCAGACAUUCACCUCCACUCCGUCUGGCAGAUGUUCGCAGCUAAGAGAAAUGUUGAUUCGAAACAAAACUCUGGCGGAGUACUUUCGCGAGUACGGUUUAGACGCCAAGGCUCAGAUACCAGGCGACCUGAAGAGGGAUAUUUCACACGGUCGAGGAAAGUCAAGUGACAAGGACAUCAUCAAGGUACAAGCCGACAUGUUUGAGGCAUAUGUCGCCGCCGCUAUCAUUUCCGAUCCUGAAAACGGCAUGGCCAACACGUCAUCCUGGCUCAAGUCGCUUUGGGCCAGGACCAUCAAGCAGCAUAUCUUGGACAAUGACAAAAAUCGCAAGCUGGGCAGUCAUGCCAGCUCCACCGCCGCGCAGGACGGCACCAAGGACAUGGCCACCAGCAGCAAUCUCACCGCCAAAGAGAGGCUGCGGUCAGAGAUUGGGGUUAAAGGCAUUCUUAUUCGGUACGAGGACAUGCCCAGGGUCGGCAAAGAUAGGGACCUUGGCUUGCCUCUCUUCACGGUCGGCGUGUAUCUGGAUGGAUGGGGCGAAAGCAACAAGCUCCUCGCCACCGGAACGGCUCUGGGCAAAAAAGAGGCGGCGCAAAAGGCCGCGCAAAACGCGCUGACAAAUAAAAAGCUCAUCAAGAAGUACGCGGCAAAGAAGGCUGCCUUGAUGGAGGCUACCGCGGCCGCCGAAGAAGCUAACACGACGUCUUGA